UGAUCUCACUCUUAUCUCAAAAGCUGGAAGAUGAAUAUCCUUCACGAUCCUUCUGCUUCGCCCAUUAUUGACUCGAAAGCAAGCCUUCGUACUUGCAACCUGCCCAUGAUGUUGGCCCUCCAUUGAAGAUUUCUGGUCGCUUACGACUCCGGUACUCCUAAGCACCCGUUGAACACAGCCAGGUAUGUUUCGCCUCAAAAACGCAAUCUCGGGCUUGGGCGUGAGCAACAAUGGCCGAACGGACUGCAGCACUAGUGGAUCAUUAUCAGAUGAGGCGUCGGACCAAGUUCCACCACUAGCUGCGCCUGCUAUAUCUACACUCCAAGAUGGAAGCUCUGCUUCGUCUGCACCUCAAUGGUUCAGAGAUCUGAACUAUAUGGGGUCGGCGAGACACAGUCGUGCCUCGUCUGUUGUGUCGACUCGGACGAAAUAUUCGACCACAACUUUGCAGGAAGAUGCUCGAAGCAUUGACAUUAAUAUAGCUGGACAGCAUUUCCGAAUCAGCCGGGACGGCUCUCGGAUCACCAACGAUGACCCACCUCCGUACGCUCCUCCAGGAGAGACAGUUCGCUUCCGGAGUAGCGAGGGGGCUGAGACUGGCGGUGUCGACCCUCAACAGGCGAGUGAUGACUCUUACCCCGCCGAUGGAGCAGUGACACCAAGGUCAACUUUCGCUGCUCUCAACAUCGAGCCUGGAAUGAGUGCCAACAUACUCGACCCUGCAGAGUUCAAUAUGCCCUCGCCCUUAGGGCACGAUCAACAUAAUCCCCGUCCGUCAUCUGCAACGCUGGUCGAGCAGCCACGGUCAAGCCAGGUUGGAACACCUCCCGGACGCGGAGCAUUCUACGAAGCAGGACAAACCCCGGGCAGCAGAAGCCUCAUCGCGCAAGGGGAUUCAUCUCCUUUGACCAGCUCGACUCCACUCUCACCAGUUCGGAGGAGAGGACUCUUCAACCGGCUGCCCGCGAUAGACACCUCGCCAAGCAGCAGUUAUCAAACUAUCACUCUACCUCAGCGGCAUGGACCUUGCUCGGCCAGAAUGUCACAACGACCUAUCCAAAUCCGGUCGGCGGGCGCCAUAUUGUCAACUGUGCCGGAUCAUCGCUCGGAGCCACGGUCACCAGACUAUAUUGGGCGGAACGCAAGCGGAGCUUUCCCUUUACCUGAGAGACCAGCAACUCAGUAUUCGCGUCACACGGUGGAUGAUAUCCUCAUGGAGAGGACUUCCAGAGUUGAACAGCGUCCAUUUGCUGGGAGUCCUAAUGCGACACCUGGUCAUACUCCAUUGCCAAUGGACAGCGAAAAUGACAUCAGCCUGCAUUACGCAAAGAUGAUGCGGCAGCUGGACUAUACGCAUCGCAAGGCACUGCAUCUCAAGGACAAAGAACUGGCCGAAUUGCGCGAGAGAUUGCACGAGAAAGAUACAGUCCUACGGCAGCAAUUGCGGAUGAAAGAUUUCUUGAUCGACGACCUCCGAAAACGGCUGGCCAACCUGGAAGAGAAUGUUGACACUAUGCUUGAAAAGGCAAGGAAUCAGGUUGAAGACUUGUGGGAAUCGCGGUGGAAGGACCGAGAUUUCCACAUGCGAGAGCGAAUGCGGCGCAUUGAAGAAGUUGCACAAAUGACCAUCGAGAGGCUUAGAGCCAACCAGCCAUGCCAGCAAGAAGCCAACAGUGACGGCUCAUUGACGCCAAGUUGAAGGACAGCCAUCACUGUCCUCUGCUCAGAGUUUGCUGUAAGUUCGUUUGAAAUAACACGGCACGCUUUGACGGCUGUUUUUGUUUGAAAGGCGUUGGGCAUCGAAAGACGAAGACUUCAGUAGGGCCAGCAGGGCUCCGUACUGUGGCUUCAUCAAUACGGUAUUUGUUUUCGGAUAGAUGGCAAAACCGUUGAGACCAAUUCCAGGAUACAUUGGGGUACCAUUUCUUUGACUGGCUGGGGUCGUGCAUCUCCUUGCGAUUUGCUGCCGAGAGUUGUACUCGUAUCUUGGGUUUCGAGUUACGAAUGAUGAUGAGGAUAAUGAUAAUGAUAAUGAUAAUACUCCGUAAUA